GUGGAGUGAGUCUUGAGGAGGGAAGCAGAAUAAGCAAAGGCUUAACCUGGACAUGCACAUAGUUAUUUACUCCUGUGAGGGUCAAGGAGCAGAGGAACAACAUUCGGAGAGUCUUCUGUUUCUUCUUGUUCUCUCUGAUUUGUUCUAAAGCUUUUGGGGAUUGUCUGGUUGCGAUGGAGGCCAUCUGGCUGGAGCUUUAUCAGGAUUUUAUGCUGUGAGCCUUUGACCAGCUGUUACCACCUGCCAGGUCUCAGCCUGAGUUAUUACCGCCACAGGACGUACGAUUGUGCGUGUUCUGAGUUCGUCCUGUCAGAGCAACACAACAUGAGCGGAGGAGAAAACCUUUAUUCACCAAUCAUCUGUCCAAGAAGUAGCAGUGUGGUCAUUCCCUCCUGUCCUGAGAGCUCUGGUGCAUCAUGGAGUCUGUGGUUAGAGUAAAAAAGACGCUGAGGACGCCCAUCAGAAAGCUGACCAGCUGUGUGUCGGGGGUGAAGGAGAGGGAGUUGUGUGCCAAACGCAGGAAGAGGAGGGGCAGAGAUGGGAGAGGAAGAGGAGGAUGCAACAGGUUGGGGAGGACCCCUUCUCUCCGAACAUCACACCCCAAAGACCCGUCAAUCUUCUGCUCGUACCAGGCGGACCUGGAGAAGGAGAGAAAGCUCCGGGAAGCAAUGAACACUCAGAAGAAUGCGGAGAGAGCAGCUAUGAGAGCUCACUUCAGGAGUAAAUAUGAGCUGUCUGAGAGCCCCAAAGACACAAACCACCUGAGGUCUGUUGGCGGGAAAGUGUCACUUCCCUACGAGCUGUCCAAGAUCAUUCAUCCUAAAACCAAAACCAAGGACGACGGCUUCAACCUGCUGAGCGCCUUUCAAGGCCUCAGCUUCGGCAGAGCGACGCUCACAGGGAGGACACACAGCAAGACGUCCACUCCCACACCAGCAACUUGUAAAGUAAUGUGAUCAAUAUGUGAUCACAGGGAUGAUCGGUACACAGCCUUCUAAAUGUGUUAGUGCAGGGGAACCACAGGGGACCCUCAUACAUGAUUGCUGCUCACACACAAACAGUGCUUCAACCGCUUACAAACUUAGUUCAAUCAUCUCUGUUACACAAACAUGUCAUUCAGACUUUGGUUUUGUACUUAUUGUUUGUCUUUUAUGUAGCAAUAAUAAUAUGCCAGAUAAUUGUAUAUAUUAUAGCCUUUGAGAUGAGCUAAAUAUGAAUAUAAAUAAUGUAUUAAUGCGUUCAUGAUAUUAUGUAUUAUAUAAUCUAGAAACUACUAGAUUAUUAUGACUAGCUAGUUUAUAGAUCCAAAUGAGUGAUCUAUACACAAGUAAGGAACCUCAGGGAAACAUGUUCAAAUUUAUCACACAUUCACACAAGUAAUGACAUUACUCAUUUUGUACUUCAAAUUGUUUUACUGUCUUUUUGUAAAUAAUCUUUCCAUAUAUAAACUGUAUAUGUAAUGUAUGUGAGCAAAGCUAUUAGUUUAUUGAUUAGUUUGCAUUGAGGUGAUAGUGGUGUGUAAAUAGUCUUUCGCUUUCCUAAUCAACGUUUUUUAUAAAGCAGAGACCAAGAACUCACCAAUAAAACCUUGUAGAGAUACCUACAAAUGGA